AUGAUGGCGUUCCCCCAAUCGUUCCUGCAGCUCGCCUGCAGCCUGCUGCUCCUCCUCGGCGUCGCGCAGGCCCUCAAGUUCGACAUCGCCGCGCACACGGGCAAGGAGAACAUGAAGAAGGAGAGGUGCAUCCGCAACUUUGUCGCCAAGGACACGCUGGUCGUCGUCACGGCCACGGUUGGCGGGACAAAGGGCGACGGCAUGAUGGUCAACAUUCACAUUCGUGAUAUGGAAGGAAAUGAGUACGGCCGACCGAGGGACGUUGCGGGCGAAUCGAGGACUGUCUUCACAUCGCACUCGGAUGCCGCGUUCGACGUGUGCUUCGAGAACAUCUUCACCAGCUCCAAGCGUCCGAGCCCCAACACCCGCUCCAUCGAACUCGACAUUGACAUUGGCGCCGACGCCAAGGACUGGUCCGCCAUCCAGGCCACCGAGAAGCUCAAGCCCGUCGAGGCCGAGCUGCGCCGCAUCGAGGAGCUGACCACCGAGGUCGUACGCGAGAUGGACUACCUGCGCUCCCGCGAGCAGAAGCUGCGCGACACGAAUGAAAGCACAAACAACCGCGUCAAGUGGUUCGGUUUUGGCACAACCUGGCUGCUGGUCAUCUUAUGGGCGUGGCAGAUUGCGUAUCUGCGCAGCUACUUCCGCUCCAAGCACUUGAUCUAG